UUUUCUAUAAAAGUGGAUGUAAGAAGGGUUCUGUUUAGUCGUCUCCGGUGUGCUGCUUAGAAUAGAUUUCAGUGCAAGUUGAAGUAGGAGAGUUCAUGAAAAUGACACGGAUAGUUGUGUUUUUCGCUAUUCUGACUGUUGCGCUAGCGGUUCCAGCAGAUGACUCGGCCAAUGCUCAAAUCCUGAAAUACGAUAGUGAAAAUAUUGGCGUUGAUGGGUACAGAUUUGAAUUUGAAACCAGUGAUGGAACGGCUCGCCAGGAGCAGGCAGAACUUAGAAAUGCUGGAACCGACCAGGAAGCGAUAGUGGUUCGAGGAUCAUAUUCAUAUGUUGGUCCUGAUGGAACGCAGUAUGUGAUCAACUACGUGGCGGACGAAAAUGGAUUCCAGCCGGAGGGGGCUCAUAUACCCAAGAAGUAGUUACGGCAGAUUGGGCAACUAAGAAGCUAGUCUUGUACUGAAGAUGGACAACCAAACCAAACCACAAAAUCAUAGUUGAACACGAAAUUACUAAUGCAAUAAAAAACUGUUGUUGUUAAGUUAUGUUAAA